AUGAUCGCAAAGCUGCUCCCUCACAACCCGUCUCUGGUUAUGCCCCAGAGCACAGCAUAUGAGGAACCGGCCAAGUACGACUUUAACUACGCCGUUAAGGACAAAUACCCUGGCAACGACUUCGGUCACCAGGAGGCUCGCGAUGGCUAUGAUACCCAAGGUUCCUACUACGUCGCCUACACUGUCAGCGGUGACUCAGGCUACGUGGCUGAGGUCAGCUACGAGGGUGAGGACCAGUACGCCGAGUAUAAACCUGCUCCUUCCUACAAGCCUGUGUCUUCUUACAAGCCAACUCCUGCCUCUGCCUAA